CCUCCCAGUUGACCUGAGACCUGAGACCUCUCACUCUCUACAGGGAGCUGUCGCUUGAAUUUCUCUGAGAUAAGCCCACUCGUCCAGCAAAAUAGAGUCCCUCAGGGCGACGGUUGACUUCCUAAAGGUGCCUCUUGGCCUGAAGAAGCCUGUGCUGAAGGAGGUGGCUGUGGGGCCCCCCAAGAGGCCCCAGCCCGCGGCCCUGGAGCGCUACAAGGCACGGCGUUCAGACGCCAUGGACACUGAGUCCCAGUACUCGGGUUAUUCCUACAAGUCGGGCCACUCCCGCAGCUCCCGAAAGCACAGAGACCGCCGGGACCGACACCGCUCUAAGAGCCGGGAUGGGAGCCGAGGAGAUAAAUCCGUGACGAUCCAGGCUCCAGGAGAACCCCUGCUGGACAAUGAGUCCACCAGGGGGGAUGAGCGGGAUGACAACUGGGGAGAAACAACAACCGUCGUCACAGGCACAUCUGAGCACAGCAUCUCCCACGAUGACCUCACACGCAUCGCCAAGGACAUGGAGGACAGUGUCCCCCUGGAUUGUUCGCGACACCUGGGUGUGGCAGCGGGGGCCACUCUGGCACUGCUGUCUUUCCUCACCCCGCUGGCCUUCCUGCUGCUGCCCCCACUGCUGUGGCGGGAGGAGCUGGAGCCGUGUGGGACGGCCUGCGAGGGUCUCUUCAUCUCUGUGGCCUUCAAGCUGCUCAUCCUGCUGCUGGGCAGUUGGGCUCUGUUCUUCCGCCGGCCCAAGGCCUCCCUGCCCCGGGUCUUCGUGUUACGUGCCCUGCUCAUGGUGCUCGUGUUCCUGCUGGUCAUCUCCUACUGGCUCUUUUACGGUGUGCGCAUCUUGGAUGCCCGGGAGCGCAGCUACCAGGGCGUGGUUCAGUUUGCCGUCUCCCUAGUGGAUGCCCUGCUCUUCGUGCACUAUCUGGCUGUCGUCCUGCUGGAGCUGCGUCAGCUCCAGCCCCAGUUCACGCUCAAGGUCGUGCGGUCCACAGAUGGGGCCAGCCGCUUCUACAAUGUCGGCCAUCUCAGCAUCCAGCGAGUGGCAGUGUGGAUCCUGGAGAAGUAUUACCAUGACUUCCCUGUCUACAACCCCGCCCUCCUCAACCUGCCCAAGUCCGUCCUGGCCAAGAAAGUGUCUGGCUUCAAGGUGUAUUCUCUCGGAGAGGAAAACAGCACCAAUAACUCCACCGGCCAGUCAAGGGCUGUGAUUGCGGCAGCGGCGCGGAGGCGGGACAACAGCCACAACGAAUACUACUACGAGGAAGCUGAGCAUGAGCGCAGAGUGCGCAAGCGCAGGGCCAGGCUCGUGGUGGCUGUGGAGGAGGCCUUCACUCACAUCAAGCGGCUGCAGGAAGAGGAGCAGAAGAACCCCCGGGAAGUGAUGGACCCCCGGGAAGCAGCCCAAGCCAUCUUUGCGUCCAUGGCCCGCGCCAUGCAGAAGUACCUCCGGACCACCAAGCAGCAGCCUUACCAUACGAUGGAGAGCAUCCUGCAGCACCUGGAGUUUUGCAUCACCCACGACAUGACGCCCAAGGCCUUCCUGGAGCGAUAUUUGGCAGCUGGACCUACCAUCCAGUAUCACAAGGAACGUUGGCUGGCCAAACAGUGGACAUUGGUGAGCGAGGAGCCGGUGACCAAUGGGCUCAAGGAUGGCAUCGUUUUCCUCUUGAAACGCCAGGACUUCAGCCUGGUAGUGAGCACCAAGAAGGUGCCAUUCUUCAAACUCUCUGAGGAAUUUGUGGAUCCCAAGUCACAUAAGUUCGUCAUGCGGCUUCAGUCGGAGACCUCUGUGUGACUUUGCAACAGCAGGGGCCGGGGGGAGUGUGGGGGUUCCUGCAGAGUGGGAAUGGCUGGCUUCUCUAGCCCUGUCACAUUUCUGCCAUCCUACUUCCUCUUGCUCUUGCUUUUGUUUUGCUUUGUUUCGUUUUUUUUGUUUUUACUUGAAUUAACUUAUCCUGUCCCCAGUCUCCACCCCUCUUCCUCUGUUUUCCCCCUGUAAAUCUGGAGAGACCACCUUGCUUUAACAAUACCUGGGAACUGCCCUGCCCCCCAAUUUUGUAUCACUCCAGGCCCUGCAGGAAACAGUGCCUCGUACCCCGCUCUUCCCCCAAAUGUCCCCUGGAUGGAAGUCCCUUCGGAAAGGGCAUAGGGCCUUCCUGAUUGUACCCUUGCCUCCUGAGCGCCCACUCACAAGCCUGCAUUCUUAGAUCUGCGCUCUCUAGUAGCUCCCGAUAGAGUUUCUUUGGGGGGGGGGCAUAGCUCUGACCCCAGAGAACCAUGGUGCCAAAUUGCUGUGGGACAGCAGCUAACCCUCUGCCCUGUCCCCACCCAUAGCCCUGGCUCCCUGGGCAAGGGUGCAGCUGUGACAGUCCUGGGGUUAGGAUUCUUCCUCCAGUGUUACCUGCUUCCCACUGCUCCAGCUGUGCUUCCUGGUCCACACAGACACACAGACACACACACACACACACACACACACACACACACACAGAACAAGGGGGAGUGCCAUCUUCUACCCAGGAGUCUUCACUGCUGUUUCUGACUUGUAUGGUCACGUGACCAUAGGUAAAGUGAAGUGGAACCUCUCUGAUCGCUUUAUCAGGGCUGUUGGGGAGGUCCCAUGUGUCUUUCUUGGAUAACUCCUGAGAGGAAGGGCAGGAUAGACCUGAGGUUGGAGAGACCCUUGUCACUGACCCCUGUCCCUCUGAGCCGUUCCUUCCGGCCCUUCCCUGUGAAGGAUGCAUGUAGACUUCUGUAAGGACCCUGGUAUGCAGACCCUGACCAACCUGUGGUCUAAGACAGUUUUCUUUUCUGCACCAGCUACCCCAGUCCUGCUGACUUCCAGCUCCUGUGGCCUCAUCUCUGAGGGGAGGGGCCAGCAGCUCCUUCUCAUCCCCUGCCUUAAGUCCGGUUCUGUGCCUCAGGGGUCUCUUUUCCAUGGCCUUCCAGGGUCCCAUCCUCUUCUCUCCCUGCCUCACUGAUGAGGGUGAGGGACCAGGAUUACUGCCUUUUGUGGCUAUUAGCUCCUCACCCCCAUUUUAACUAACAUAGCGGUUUGCAACCGAAUCUGAGUCUCAGUCAUUUAAAGCUCAUUUGGAGCAGGAUUCACUUAACCCUCUACUCGAUGUUUUCAGAGCAAAUUUGAGCUUUUCAAUCAGACACCUUUACCACAAGGAAUAGAAAUUGGAAAUAGCCGCACAUCCUUCCGGGAUCCACGUGGGGAUGGUUCUGAUGGCUGGGGUGGAGCAAUGCCCCUGGGCCACUUCUCUAAACAACUCCCAAAGCCCCCCCCGCACAGGCCCCGAACUCACUCCCCUGGAAAUUUUGCUGGUACUUGGCUGUGCAAAAAGCACACAGUGAGACGAGGUACCCACUGAUCUCACUGAGGCUGUGGGAUCCAAAAUGGGAGCCUACCCACCACUUGCUAAGGAGCUGGUCCAUUAGUGCUUGCUUUGUACCCAUAGGAACGGUCUUUGGGAUUGACUUAACGCAGGGGCCUCACGGGGUUAGCUUAGGGCUGUGGUAGAGGUGCCUGGGUCGAAGAUGCCCUUGAGGCAUGGGACGGUAUCUUUUCUUAAAAUAAAAUAAAUCAGGUUUCAGAGGAGAAUCUUUUGGGUCACAUAAAUACCUCACUGUCCUGGAAAGCAGGGCCUGGAUGGUGAUUGGGGUUUGUUGCCUUUGUGGGCAAGGAUGGGUUGUGGUGUUGGUUUUAGCAGAGGGUGGGGGUGGGCAGAAGGAAAAUAUUUGGGGUCUUAGUUGAUGCCUAUGGUUAGGGGCACGGGAGUGUUUAUUUUAAGAACCUGCCAUGUUUUUUAAUCACUGUGAUACUUCCAUUCCUUUUUCCUAAAACAAAAAGAAAGAGUUUCCCCGACUCUCUUGUCUAAGCACUAAGGGCUGUGACUAAGAAUGGUAGCAUUUUGGUCCUUCGUGUCAAAACUGUGGUAUCUUCGUCUGCUUCGGUUGUUAUUAUUUUUUAAAGUGUCAGGAUGAAUUGUCAAGUGUAUGGCUCUCUGUGUGUGUGUGUGUGUGUGUGUGUGAGUGUGUGUGUCUUUUGCUUCUCCAGAAUGGGAAGUUGUCUUCACUCUGUGAACUGCUAAGGGGUGGGCAGUUGACUCAGUCCCUCUGAGAGGUUUCCCUCAACCCAUUCUGUCCCACCAUUCACUUGGUUUCUCAUUCUUCCACUGUGGGAAUGCGGCUCCCCAGCCCGACGCUCUCACCAUAGGGGAUGCUGUGCUGGGCUACUCCAGUGCCCUCACUGCUCUGGCCGUGUGGCAUCCCAGCUUGCCCCCACUGCACAACUUGUCAUGACCUCGGAGCGCUUAGCUCUCUUCCCUCCACACCAGGACACCGUGCCUCAGUCCUUCACCUACCUCGCCACUCUCACGCUCCCCAUUGGUCCCUUCCAGCGUUCUCCUAAAUUUGUGUUUUUAUUUAUGUCCCUCCAGUCUCUCGCUUCUUCCCACCUCCUUCCAUCUCUGCCCCGAUGCUUUUGCUCCCAGCCAGCCACAACAUUCCCACUCUAAACCCUGCUUUAAUAAAGGCAUUGAGGUGGGAUUCUCCAGAGAGCCUCACUCCGGAUGUCUGUUUCCCAGGGUUUGUGUUUUCCCUGUUGGUUGGGCCUAGCUCUGCCUUGUCCCUUCCUGGUGUCUGUCGGUCUCUUCUGUCCUCUGUUCUCCCCGUGGGGCAGCAUCUACUGAUGGGUUCCGUUCUGAUGUGUGAUUGUUGUAAUUUGUUCUUCUGUGUGCAAAAGGAAGGGGCUUCUUGAAUCUCUUCCAAGUGAGAUUGUAAAUGUAGAAUUUUCCAUUGUUGGAUCUAGAUUUUUUUUUUUAAUUCCUUUUUCUUCCCCCUUUCAUUUUCUUCUUUCUCUCUUUUUUAUUUUUUUAAUCUUUUUAUCUUUUUGGGCUUUUUUUUUUUUUUUCAGAGCUGAGACCUUGUGCAUGCAUGUAGAAAAUUGUAAAAUGUAAAUUUUUUUUAAUAUAUAAAAAGCUUGUUUUUACAGUUUGCAGUGGAUUAAACAUUAUGGCAUAGGGAUUUUUUUCUUAAACAUAGGAACUAAAACUGUACAAAAAUUUUUUUUAUAUAAAAUAAAGACAUUUGACUUUU